CCACCCGCCGUUUCUCAAAUAUUUGUGCUGCUUCGGUUAAGAACAAAUUCAUCUGGCGCUGCCUAAGCAAACUUGGGAAGCCAGGGCAGAUUCCGACGAGGUUUCCAUCCACACUUCCAAGGGAGGAACCAUGGCCAAGAGAGUGGCCAUCAUUGGGGCAGGUGUGAGUGGACUGACCUCCAUCAAAUGCUGCCUUGAUGAGGGGUUGGAGCCCACCUGCUUUGAGAGGACCAGUGACAUCGGAGGAGUGUGGCGAUUCACAGAGUAUGUUGAGAAGGGAAGAGCCAGCACCUACAAGUCUAUGGUCAGUAAUACUUGUAAGGAGAUGUCAGCCUUCGCGGACUUUCCCUACCCAGAAGAUUUUCCAGUCUUUUUACCCAACGCAAAGCUCCUGGAAUAUCUGCAUUUGUACACAAAACACUUUAAUCUCCGGAAGUAUAUUCAGUUCCAGACUACAGUGAUCAGUAUAAAGAAGCGCCCUGACUUCUCAACCAGUGGCCAGUGGGAUGUCAUCACAGAGACUGAUGGGGAACAGAAGUCAGCCAUCUUUGAUGCUGUGAUGGUUUGCAUUGGUUACCUCACUGAACCCUCACUGCCCCUCAACUCUUUUCCCGGUAUAGACAAGUUUAAAGGGGACUAUUUCCACAGCCGGGACUACAAAACCCCAGAUGUAUUCGCAGGUAAAAAGGUCCUUGUGAUUGGCAUGGGGAAUUCAGGAGUUGAUAUUGCUGUGGAAGCCAGUCACACAGCAGAAAAGGUGAUGAUCAGCACCAAUAGAGGCGCUUGGGUGAUGAGCCGUGUGUUUGGUGAUGGCUACCCAUGGGACAUGGUGUUCCUCACUCAAUUUACAAACGUGGUCCGGAAGAUCCUCCCCAGCCGUGUAACAGGCUGGCUGAUUGCAAACCGAUGUAACCAGUGGUUUAACCAUGCAAACAAUGGGAUGGUCCCAAAGGACUUGUUGAAAGAGCCAAUAGUGAAUGAUGAACUUCCUGGUUGCAUCGUCACUGGGAAGAUUUCCAUCAGGCCCGGCAUAGAAAAGUUCCUAGAAAACUCUGUCGUGUUCAAGAAGAGCAAAGAGGUGGAGGAAGUGGAUGUUGUUGUCUUUGCCACUGGUUACAAAGUUUCUUUUCCUUUCAUUGAUGAGUCCGUCGUCAACUUUGAAAACAAACAUGCUUCCUUGUACAAAUACAUUUUCCCUCCUCUGUUGGAAAAGCCCUCCUUGGCCAUCAUAGGCUUCCUCAGGCCUCUCGGGGCAGUCACGCCAGUGGUGUAAUCCCAAGCACGCUGGGUCACCCGCAUCUUUAAAGGCUUGUGCAAGUUGCCUCCAGUGGACACCAUGAUGGAAGAGGUCAAUGAAAAGAAGAAAGACAAUAUUCACCGGGGUAUUUCCAGUGAGACGGGCAAAGUGCUGACCAUGUUUAUCAACUACAUGGAUGAAAUUGCCACCUGCGUAGGCGUCAAGCCCAGUGUGCCAUGGCUGUUCGUAACAGAUCCUAAGCUAGCCUUGGAAGUUCUGUUUGGCCCCUGCAGUUCUUACCAGUAUCGCCUGACUGGACCGAAGAAGUGGACGAAAGCCCGAACGACAAUCCUAACACAGUGGGACCGAGCUCUAAAACCCCUGAAGACCCGUGUAGUAGAUGACUCUCCAAAACACUCUUCCGUUUGCCUCUGGGUUACCGUUCUUGGCCUACCGACAAUUCUUGGCGCUGCUCUGCUCACUGUUAAAUACACCCCUCCUUCAUGGUUACCCUGGAUAAAGUGAAGGGGCAAUCCCCUUUAUGUGUGAUAC